UUGACGCGAUCACCAACAACGUCUGUCCCAACGACUGUAGCAACAGAGGCACCUGCAACAAAGGACUGUGCAUCUGCAGUGCCGGAUUUGGCAGUGCUGACUGUUCAGUGGACUUGACCCAACCACCUGUUCUGGACGAGGUCGAGGACAACGGUCACUGUGACCUGGCUACCAGGAACUGCCAGAUGUUGACAGUGUUUGGACUGACCUUUCUGGAAGAUGCAGCAAUCAAAUGUCGAGCCACUAAAUUCACGGUGGGCAAUGGUGGAUCCCUUAAUGAGCCGGAUACCCAGGUAUCAGAUGGUACUGAGCGGAGCUUGAGUGAAGUGGGGUGCCCUGUAAGGGUGGAUGCACCCAGGGGCAUUGUCACAGCCUACAACAUCUCCGUGGCCAACAUUGACAACAUCUACAGCGAGAGUGUCGGAGUUCUGGUAUAUGAUAGCACGUGUGUGACUGUUGAUCACGAGUCCAAAAUCUGGAUCGUACGGAAUGGAUACACAGUGCAAAACGGCGUGUGCAUCAGUAGAGACAGCUCAAGCGGCCCUGACGACACCACCACAACCCGAUCGACGCCGACAUCAAAACCGAUCAUAGACGUAACUGAUUCAGUUGUGAUACCAAAUACCACAUGCGGCAACUACAAAAUCACCAUGUCCCAUGUGACACUCCUUGCCUCCCUUAUUUCUGGUGUCCUCUCACUGGCUUUGCGUGACUUCUGAACUCCCCCAGUGACCCUAUGCGCUCAAUGCUUUUUCUGAGUAUAUGAUAGGCUUCAACUGGACUUGUAUAACAAAAGCACCCAUACAACUUCGCAAUCUUCAAGCUCAUUGUUCACCUUUCUAUAUAGGAGUUGCACUUGGGAGAAAUAUGGUUUAUUCAGUGCAAUGAAGAAGACAAUUAUGAAGCACAGAUUAAUACUAAGUAGUAAAAUAUUAAAGAUAUAAUUUGACAGUUUGUCAAUUUUGAAACACAGAUUGAUAUCAAUAAGUAAAGAAUUAAAGAUAAAUAUAACAGUUUGUCUAAAGUGGCUGCAUUGCUGGAAGUCUCAAGACUAUUGACAUAUUUAUACAUGGGUGCAUUACUAUCCAGUGACCUUAUACAGUCGAUCUAUAUCCGAGUAGGCGAUAGGCUAAAUACUAAGCUUGAACUAGACUCGUUUAAGACAAGUAUCUAUACAACCUGCAGGCCAAUCUUUACAAUCUCAUUCUUCGCGGAUGAUAUUUGUUUGUUGUUUCGAGCUUUAUUUAGCAGUUUUCCAGCUAAAUGACGGGUGCUUAUACGUAGGUAAGUCUGGACCAGACAAUCUAGUGACACUUUAAGCAAUGAUAUACCCGGUCGGGGUACGAUGACACGCCUUCAACCCAGUCACCGAACUUGACCACCCUGUCCAUUUGGUCGCCUCUUACGGCCAGCAUACUUUAUGUUGCUGGUGACCCAACCCAGAAUCCCUACCGGGUGGAUCUAUUAUGGAAGUUACCUUUGAGAGAUUUGGUUUAUUCGGUGUAAUGGUCUACAGAACACAAUUAUGAAGCACGGAUUGAUAUUUCCAGCCAUCACAACACACUGCAAUAAGAAGGUAUAAAACAGCUCCAUGUAUCCAAUAUGUAUGAAUACGUGAAUAUUAAACUGUUCCGAGGCUGUAGAACAUUAAAAUUAUAGUUUGACAGUUUGUAUAAACUACUUAUAUUGCUGGCAUUCCUAACACUAAUAAAAUGGUCAAGCAUCGGUGCUUUACACUGACAUUUGAAUUGGACAAACGUCGCAUGUCCUCACAUUUAAGACAAAAAUAAUGAUACUCAUAUUUGGUCAAAUAUAUAUAUUCUAGUUUACAGCGUCAAGCAUUUCUGUCAUCAAUGUUUUUCAGUGAUCCAUUCUUAUAUUUUUCACCGCUAUUUUUCCUUUUACACCCAAUGGAAUCAGUUCGUUGAAUAAUAGAGAUUGGAUAUUCUCUGGCUUUGCAGUUUUAUAUGUCCGUCCGUACCCAUUUCAAAAUAUAAAUAGCAAGAAUAGUUACAAAGGUCUUUUCUUUGAUGCUCACAUACGUCAAAACCUAAUUAAACUUAAUAAAUGAAACACAUAUACAUAUAAACUGCAAACGUACCAAUGAGCUUCUGAAUAGGUUUUACGAUUGAAACCAGAUGACGAUGCCUGCGGUGAAAUCAUAGAAAAUACGUAAUUAGAGUAUAGGAAAACAUCUAAGUUGUAUAUGAAAUUUUCUCACAUGCAAAUUAGGUGUUAUUUCAUUUAUGGGAUUGGUGUGGAAGUCUAGCAGUUAAAGCGCUUGCUUGACAUGCAGUCUGGCCGGGUUUGAAUCCCCACAUAGACAGCAAUGUGUGAAGCCUUGCUAGUGCUGAAAUGUGUCCCCUUUGUUCGUUUAUGUCUGUUUUCCAAUUCCAUGUUUUGACACUGUACGAUGCUUUUCUUCAUUUUCCAUCCGGAAAAAAAGUGCAUGUCUAAAUAUCGAUGUUUUUGUACAAAAUAUCCCCUAACCACGGACUGUUGAAAACUGUUGCUAUGGAAGUACUAAUUGUUGGUAUGGUUGAUGACAGAUUCUUGAAUGCUUGUCACAAAAUGCUUCAAAAUAAAAGGAUGGCUAAUUCA